UAAUUCGGAGCUUUCUGGAUAACUGGUUUCCUGAUAACGUAUCUGAUACCUGUAAUAGUUUUUGGAAAGUGCGUCUGUAAGUUUUUUCCAUGCAGUGGGUCAUAGUUACAUAUGAAUUGGGUGUGCUAUGUCUGUCAUUCUUCGCUGGAGGCAGAGCAAACCUUCCAUGUUCACUAUAAUAGUGUACAACCUGCAGCUCGGUCAGCUCUCCACUCCCAGGUACUUAAAGUGUUGGUGAUGCUUGCAUGUGAAAUGCAAUACAGCCCACAGCUGUGCCAGGGAAUUCUGCCUGUGAAUGAAAUGAGAACAAUGAAUAUUCGGCAACCUGUGCCCAGUAGUAUUUUGCUACAAAUCAUUGAUGAACUCGAUUCAGCCGAGGUGGAGGCAAUACUCUUUUUAUGUCGUGAUAACAGCUCAAAAACAAAUGUUCGAGACCUGUUGGAAGACAUUAAUGACUGCUAUUUGCCAAUCCCUUUUGGCUUAGCUGAGGUUCUAUAUGUAAUAAACAGAUUUGAUCUAAUAAAAAAGUACCUACAUACAUCAAAAGCAGCUGUUGAAAACCUGUUAAAAUCGUGUUCAAGUAUACCAUUCAGUUAUAGGAGUCUUAUGAUAGGAAUAAGUGAACAACUAGAAGAAUCAGAUUUGGAGUCCCUUAUCUUUUUAUUGAAGGAUCACACGAGGAGUGGAGGAAAGCUAAGGAACAAGACAUUCCUGACUCUUACAAUAGAACUAGAGAAUACGAACUCGAUUCAUCCAGGGAAGUUGGACUUGUUAGAACAGUCACUCCAAAACAUACAUAGGAUUGACCUGAGAAAUAAAAUAAUAAAAUUCAAACAGACAGCACCAAUUGCUCGCUACACCAAUGCAUUUGGAGUGCCCCAAUCAAAUCAGAGAGUGAUUAAAGGUUCAGUGAGACCAGGAAAGGCCAUUAAUUUCCAUAAAGAUUCAGUACCGGUUCAAGAAACAGGAGAAUUGGACCAGAUUGAAGACGAUCGCUAUGUGGUAAGGAAAGAAACCACUGGGUUCUGCCUUAUUAUUGACUGCGUUGGAAAUGAUGCAAGUUUAUUAGAGAACACAUUCAAACGUCUGCAUUUCACAGUCCGGACUCAUAGGUAUUGCCUCAUAGAAGACCUUGAAAGAAUUUUAAAAGAUGUGGCAAAUAUGGAGCAGCACAAAAACCAUGACAUCUUUGUUUGCGUUAUCAUCAGCCGUGGGAGUUCCAAUUCCAUUUUCUGCAUAGACUCCAGUUCUCCGGGAUUCUCACUUGACAGAGUUAAACACAUUUUUACUGGGAAGUCCUGUCCGCAUUUGGUUGGAAAGCCAAAGCUGUUCUUUAUUCAGAACUAUAUUGCUCAGGAAGAUGCAGAUCUAGAUAACCUGAUAGAAGCAGAUGGGCCUGCGUCAGACUGUGCUCACAGGCCGCCUAAAAUCCCAGUUGAAGCAGACAUUUUUUGGAGCCAUUGUAAGGUUGAAGAAAUGUAUCUACAGCAAUCACCAAGCUUGCCCUCUUUGUAUUUUAGAUAUUUGUCAAAGUUACUGAAUGAUGUGGAGAAAAGGAAACAAAUGCAUUUACUGGAUAUCCACACUGAACUUAACAGAAUUGUCUGCUUUAGGCAAGAAAGAUGCAACAUAUACCAGCAACAUACACUCACGAAAAAGCUGUUCUUUUAUCCAUGUUAGGAUUUAACUUUUUUCUUUUUUUUUUUUGGCAACACAGUCCACAAUUAAAUGAGUCCAUAUGCCAUUCCUCCAGUCUCAAUGGUCCUGAAUACAGGAUUUCAUGGGAAAGGGGGAAGUGGUUGGGUCUGAACAGUGACAUGGUCUAAUUUGUCCCUUAUAUGAUAUUAUAAUUGUUGGGAGGCAUGCAAACACCCAGCAGAUUUUCCAUAAAAAACAUAAAUUCAAGAUUGACACAAAUGAUCCCAUUAAAAGGAGAUGUUUAAUUCAAAGAUAACUGAUCUGAAAUGAUUACUAUUAAAUUAUUUCAUUUAUAUUA